UUUCCGCCGGCUUUUCUGCCUCGGGAGGACUGUGGUAUGGCGUUACUGGGGCAGGCUCUGGUCACGGACAGCGGGUCGCUGCUCCCUCUGGGGUUCUGGUCAGCAGUGACCGUAUGGGUGGAGAGACCUCAGGUGGUCAACAAACGCCUGUGCGGCGCCAGGCUGGAGGUCCCAGGGAGGCCGGCACGAGGACAGGCCCAUGGCCCUGAUGAGGGGGCGGUGGCAGCGGAGGGGGCUUCUGGAGGGGCUGAGCCGGAGAGAGGAGGCGACGCAGACCUGGGCCGGGGCGAGGCAGUGGAGGCCCCGGGGCCAUCUCGGGCCUCUCCGUCGGACCCGGAUCCCCCUUUGGAGGAUCUCUUCCGGAGCCUCGUCUCUGCCGAUGAGCAAGUGCUUCCCUUUGUCCGGGGGGCCCGGGAGGCAAAGCAGCCGGAGGCUGGAGCCGAGCCCGAGGUCAGCCUCAGAACUCUGAUCCCCAAAGCCAGCGCGCCCCGCCCCUCGCCGGCUCCGAGAAAAGAAAUGGUUGUCAAAGAUGUCUUCAAUGGAACUGUAACCUUUUUACCACUGGAAGGAGAACAACAUUUAAAAGUUAAGAAAAGCAAUAUCUAUCAAAUUCAGCUUAGACAUAACAAAGAUGAAGAAUGGUGCAUAUCUAUGUUAGCUUUCUCUCCAGAAAGAUGGGAUUCAGAUGGAAUCAUAUACCCUAAGUCUUCCUGGCUUGGAAAAGAAUUGUUGUCCAAACUGGCCAGAUGGUCUGUGGAGAAUAAGAAGAAUGAAUUUAAAAGCACUCUAUCACUCAUUUCGCUUAUGAAAUAUAGCCACAUUUACCAGGAACUCAAAGAGAAAUACAAAGAAAUGGUUAAGGUGUGGCCUGAAGUAACAGAUCCUGAAAAGUUUGUAUAUGAAGAUGUUGCUAUUGCUACUUAUCUACUGGUUCUUUGGGAAGAAGAACGAGCUAAGAAGGGAAUAACUGAGAAACAGUCCUUUGUCGACUUGGGAUGUGGCAAUGGUCUCCUGGUUCAUAUCUUAAGCAAUGAAGGGCAUCCAGGUAGAGGGAUUGAUGUUCGAAGAAGAAAAAUAUGGAACAUGUAUGGACCACAAACUCAGUUAGAGGAAAGUGCAAUCAGACCAAAUGAUAGUUACCUUUUCCCAGAUGUUGAUUGGUUAAUUGGAAACCAUUCAGAUGAGCUUACUCCAUGGAUACCUCUGAUUGCAGCAAGGUCAUCAUAUAGUUGCUGUUACUUUGUCCUGCCAUGUUGUUUCUUUGAUUUCACUGGAAAAUACAGUCGAAGGCAGAGCAAGAAGACCCAGUACAGGGAAUACCUUGAUUUUAUUAAAGAAGUGGGGUUCACCUGUGGAUUCCAAGUUGAGGAAGAUUGCCUCAGAAUCCCAUCAACAAAAAGAGUUUGCCUCAUUGGAAAAUCCAGAACGUAUCCAGCUACCGAAGAAGCUUUAGUUGAUAAGCAGAGAACACAGUAUAUUGAUAGUAGGCAGUCCUGUGCUCAGCUUCCCCAUGGUGAAGACUCUUCUUGUUCCUCUUCAGGCUGUACAAUAGAAACUAAUCAUUGCGAACAUCAUACAUAUUUAAACUAUCUCAGUGAUGAACUUCCCAAAGGUCAGUUUCCUGAAAAUGAAAGGAAGGUGCCCCAGGAAAAUGGAAUCUGGAUAAAUGGAUUUCAGCCUAGAGACAAAAUCGAACAAGUUAGAAACUGUGCUUCUCUCCCUCGGGACUUCAUUGAUCACAUAGUUUUGAAAGUGGCUAAUUUGUUGUUGAAUGGGAAGCAGCAAAACCCCAAAGAAGAGUCCAGUGACAGAAGCUCAAAAACCUGGAAUCGAGGAGGAAGCCUUUCCUUGGCAGAAGUAGCAAAUGAGUUAGAUAGAGAAACUCUCCAAAGAUUAAAGAGAGAAUGUGGAGGCCUCCAAACCCUGCUUAAGAACAGUCAUCAGGUAUUUGAAGUUGUGAACGGGAGAGUAUACAUUCGUGACUGGAGAGAGGAGAAGGCAGCAAAGAAAACCCAGCCAGAAGCCAAACGAAGGCUCUCAUCUGAAGCUUUUAAAACACGCCUCUGUUGGUUUUUUAUGUACCAUCCCGAUGGUUGUUCUCUGUCUUCUGAAUCCUGCUCAUAUGCACAUGGAACUGAGGAGCUAAGGCAGUCUCAGACUUUGAAGAAGAUAAAGCAAAACCACUGAUACUACACCUGCAAGCUGAAUGAUACAGAUUUUGGGGAUGGGCAGGCAGCGUGAAAGCUGCCCCACGUUAACCUACCCCUCUUUUGAAAUUUCUUGUGCCAGACUGAUCUGAAUAAUUUCUUUUCAUCUUUCUCAAGACUUAUCUGGACAUAUGGGAUUUAGCAACCAUUAUGUAGAGUUCGAGUUUUUAAAAGCUAAACAAAAUGUUGCCAAUUAUUUUUGAACAUAAUUUUAUUUUAUAUUUUUAAAUUUGUAUGAUCAAUUCUGUGUAUUAUUUGUAGCAUACAGUGUAUAUUUUGGAUGAUGUUUAAAAUUCAAUCACUCAGGUUUAUAUACUAACUUAAAAUCAGCAAGACAAGCUAUAAACAUUUUUUUUUUUGGCCAGGCAAUGAGGGUUAAGUGACUUGCCCAGGGUCACACAGCCCCAGGGGCAGCUAGGUGACACAGUGGAUAGAGCAUUGGCCCUGGAGUCAG